AUGGCCCCAUCCAUUACUUCCAUACUGUAUGGCCUCGCCUUUUUCUCCAGCUUGGCAAGCGCCGCCGAAUUCGAGGGCAGUAUCCAAGGAAGCUACAAGAUAUGCGAAAAAGGCGGCACGAACUGUUGGAAACUCAGCGACGACAAUAGCAGGAUUGUGCAGUCUCCCGACGGGGACUGCUUCGAUUUCCUAAAGGUGGGACGAUUGGGUCAAAACAGGAGCGAUAAAAUCCGUGCUUGCAACGGUGCUGGGAGACUUGACCAGAGCGGAGUUCUUGGUGAUUAUUGCACUAUUACCGUCGGAAAUAGCAAGGGCCUGGACGCUGGUCUGUUCAAGAAGGACGAUGGUUACCACGUCAAAACAUACGGCGCUGUUGCUUGCGGUGGUGAGCUGUGCUACACCGGCGGUACCUUGAACAGAGCCAGGGGUUGUGCAUAUGAAGUCACUGAAUGUACCUGCAGUUCCUAG